AUGACAAUGAAAAAUCAAACCACAGUGACCGAAUUUAUCCUCCUGGGACUUUCCAGUGACCCACAGAUGCAGAUUUUCCUCUUCCUGUUUUUAUUAGUUAUUUACUUAAUCACUCUGAGUUGUAAUAUAGUGAUCAUGGUGGUGAUAGGAGCUGAUUCUCAUCUUCACACCCCUAUGUACUUCUUCCUCUUCCAUUUAUCCUUUGUUGAUAUCUGUUAUUCCUCGGUCACGGUGCCUCAUAUGCUGAUGAACUUCCUAGCAGAGCACAAAACUAUUUCUGUCAAUGGCUGCAUUGCCCAGAUGUUCCUUUUUAUCCUCUUGGGUGGUACUGAAGCUUUCAUUCUCUCAGCCAUGGCUUAUGACCGCUAUGCUGCCAUCUGUGAUCCAUUACAUUAUGUUCAGACAAUGAGGAAAGGGAUUUGUGUUCAGCUGGUAAGUGGUGCAUGGACCAUGGGCUUCUUCUUUGCCCUUCUUAACACAGUUUUUGCCCUCAAGUUGCAUUUCUGUGGGCCCAAUCAAAUCAGUCAUUUCAGCUGUGAGCUCCCUCCUCUGUUACAACUGUCCUGCACCGACACCCUCACCAAUCAAGUAGUGCUUCUUACUUCUGCUUUGGUCUUUGGGUUGAGCUCCUUCCUCCUCACUCUAAUCUCCUACAUUCACAUCAUCUCCACCAUCCUGAGGAUACGCUCUGCGGAGGGCAGGCGUAAAGCCUUCUCCACCUGCAGCUCCCACCUGAUUGUGGUUGGCUUGUUGUACGUGACAGGUUUUCUCCAGUACACAAAGCCCAUCUCAGUCUCCUUUGUGGUUCUGGAUGAAAUGUUCUCCAUCCAGUACAGCAUCUUGACCCCCAUGUUAAACCCCAUUGUUUACAGCCUGAAAAACAAGGAGGUGAAAACAGCUCUAAGGAAUAUAUUGCGAAAAUUCAGGUUUUUCAAUUAG